GUCGACAUUCCUGAUAGAUGAACGUGUUAGCUUGGAAUCGGGCAAUAAAACGACGGAACAUCUCUCUAGGGCUGGGUGCUUUCUGUCCUGCUUCACUUCGGAAAGCCCAAAAUGGGAAUGCUGUCCUUGAUGCUCUGUGGGGUGUCUUUCGCGCUUCCCCUUUUUGUGAAAGCAGGCACGUGUAAGGAUGCGGAAAUGCACCCUGAGGUCAUUUCAGAGGGGCGGCCUUUUGCUUUCAACUGUACGUACCCUUCAGUAACAAAUGGAGCAGUCAAUGUGACAUGGCACAAAAUACCCAACCAAAGCCCGGUAUCCAAAAACAGACAGCUUAGGAAUCACCAGGACCGGACCUGGAUCUUGUUCCUUCCCUUGGAAGAGGGGGACUCGGGCAUCUACCAGUGUGUUAUCCGGGAUGGCCACAGCUGUUACCGAAUAGCUGUAAACCUAACCGUUUUCAGAAAACAUUGGUGCGAUUCUUCUACGGAGAGUCAGAUAAGUCCACCAAAUGAAUAUCAACAAUUCUUACCCAUGGGAAAAUCGGGCAGUCUGACGUGCUAUCUCGACUUCCCAGACAGUUGUGUUUUGGAUUCGAUAAAGUGGUAUAAGGGUUGUGAAGAGCUUAAAGCAGGGAAGCAGUAUAUUCUUUCAGAAAGAAAGCUUUUUGUGAACAGUGUCACGGCAGAGGACGGCGGGAGCUAUGCGUGCACAGCCAGACUCACUCACUUGGGGAGAGAGUUCACUGUUCGAAAUUACAUCUCUGUGAGCAUCAAGCAACCUGCGUCUGGAUUAAGGAUUCCUCAUAUCUCAUAUCCAAAAAACAAUACCAUCGAAGUUCAACCUGGCUCCACCCUUGUCGUGGACUGCAAUAUAACAGACACAAAAGAGAACACAAACCUGCGAUGCUGGAGAAUCAACGGUACCCUGGUGGAUGACUAUUACAGCGACUCCAGACGCAUCCAGGAGGGAAUUGAAACCAACGUUUCUUUGAAGGAUCACAUUUUUUACACAGUGAACAUCACAUUCUUAGAAGUGAAAAUGGAAGACUACGGCCUUCUUUUCAUGUGCCACGCUGGAGUGUCCACAGCAUAUAUCAUGUUGAAGCUCCCAGCUCCAGACUUCCGGGCUUACCUCAUAGGCGGGCUCAUGGCGUUCCUGCUUUUGGUCGUGUCUCUCCUGUGCGUGUACAACAGUUUUAAGAUUGACAUCGUGCUUUGGUAUAGAAGCGCCUUCUACGCUGCCCAACCCCCAGAGGAUGGGAAGCUGUAUGAUGCCUAUGUCUUAUACCCCAAGUGCCCAACAGCGAGCCAGGGCCACGAUGUGGACACAAUGGCAUUGAGGAUCCUGCCUGAGGUGCUGGAGAAGCAGUGUGGAUAUAAGCUAUUUAUAUUCGGCAGGGAUGAAUUCCCUGGACAAGCUGUGGCCAACGUCAUUGAUGAAAACAUUAAACUGUGUAGGAGACUGAUUGUGCUUGUGGCUCCAGAAUCUUCCAGCUUCGGCUUUCUAAAGGGCAUGUCAGAAGAACAAAUUGCCAUCUACAACGCCCUUAUCCAGGAUGGCAUGAAGGUCAUCCUGAUCGAAUUGGGGAAGAUCAAGGACUACAGUACCAUGCCUGAGUCCAUUCAGUACAUCCGACAGAAGCAUGGGGCCAUCCGGUGGCAUGGGGACUUUACAGAGCGGCCACAGUGUGCCAAGACCAAGUUCUGGAAGAAAGUAAGAUACCAUAUGCCAUGCAGAAGGUAUCCACCAUCUUCCUCAGUCCAGCUGCUGAGGCACACGCCCUGCAACUUCACAGCAGGCAAAUGGGAUGCUGCCACAGGGCUCAUAAGUCCCUGACUGAGAGUAGUUGGUGUGUGUUGGAUCACAGUGACAUCCUCUUUGGGUUGUCUACCCAUGCAGCUUGCUCUUUUAUGUUGUGAGUGACCUUGUUCUUGUUCUUGUUGUUGUUUGAUGCUUUUAAUUAGACCAGUUUCUUUAGUACUCCUGUUUGCACUACAGCUCCUGAACACCCAUAUAAGCUCAUGGAACUCAGCCUCCAUGCCUGUGGGAUACAGUGGAUGGUCAGGAUGACAGAGCAGGUGGCAAGGAUGUUUGGUCCAUGUUUGGGAUGGGAGACUGAGCAGUCUGAGGAUGCCAAGUGGGCAGCAAAGACGGUAGCACAAUAUCUAUGCUUGUCCAGUAUCUAGUAGGCUUUGGGCCUCCGGCAGUAUAGAUUGCAUCUGAAUUUCCUUCUCUCUCCCACUGCAGUUAGAUAACAAUGCAGUUAGCACGAUGCCCACAGGAACCACUUAAAUGUCACCCGGACCAAAGGACUCCAAACUUUGAAAGAUAAUCUGUCAAAAUGAAUUAAGAAAAAAAUCUUCCACUUUUAAAAGAUGCUUUGUCUGCCAGAAAUCUGCAUAAUAUUUGAGAGAUACAAAUUGCAGCUCUGAGGUGAUGUGGUUCUAACCCCAGUAAAUCUAUGUGAGCUUUGGGUUAGUGAGUGCACCCUUUAUCACGGGGCAGCGUAUGAAUGCAUAGUUCAUCCAGCGUUUUGAUGCCAAACAGAGCUGUCAACCAUGGCUACUAUUCCCCAAGGCCCAGCUGGGAAAAAUCAACUCCAGUCCAACUCUACCAAGCUGUGGUUAACACACGUGCUACUGCUUGGGGAAUCAUGAUCAAAUGUCUAUUUACCUCAGAUAGGUAGGGCGCUGGACACAAAUCAUGAAAACAAUUCCACAGAAGUCUAGAUUAAUGGAGCAGUCAUUUUCUUGGGGUUUCUUGAAGGACUGAGGGUGAGGAGUGAGUUCCAAGAGCAUGGGCGACUUGAAGACAACUACAUAUCGAAAAAGCCCACCGAGCGUGGAGCGUGGUAAGAACAUAAGAUAGCAGAAUCCCCAGAGCUCUGUGAA